AUGGCUGACCACUUUAAUCAAAACAACCUGAACCUCUCGGCCGACGAGAAGCGCUACUACGGCCAGCUGUUCCAGCAAGCUGAUACCGAUCGCUUGGGUGUCGUUACCGGCGAGAUCGCUGUGCGCUUCUUUGAGAAGACAAAAGUCGCUCCCAAUGUUCUGGGUGAAAUCUGGCAGAUUGCCGACCAUGAGAACCGUGGCCUUCUCACAAAGCCCGGCUUCAGCGUAGCUCUUCGUCUGAUCGGCCACUACCAGGCUGGUCGCGAUCCUAAUGCCGAGCUGGCUUUCCGACCCGGUCCUCUGCCCAAGUUCGAUGGCAUGCCUCCUCCUCCCACUGCGGCUCCCGCUCCCGUCGCAGCCGUCCCCCCUCCUGCUCCUAUCCAAGCCCAAGGCACCGGCAUCAGAAUUCCUCCCUUGAACCCUGAGAAGUUGACUCAAUAUGCCAAUCUCUAUGAUCAGUCUGCCGGUGGUGGCUACCUGUCAGGUGAACAAGCAAAGGCCAUUUUCGAAAGAGCUGGUUUACCCAACGAGACCCUCGGACGUAUCUGGCAAUUGGCCGACCGCGAAGGAAAGGGCUCUCUCGACAGGACCGAGUUCUGCAUCGCCAUGCACUUGAUAACAUGUUACAAGAGUCGCGCACUAGCUGGCUUCCCGAACGUCCUACCUCCAGCACUUUUCGAAGCUGCUGCUCGCCGCCCAGCCCCUGCAGGCCGUUCCCCGGUGCCUCCGGCUGGCCCCUCCGCCAUCCCCCGUCAAUUUACUGGUCCUCAGGCUCGCGCUCAGAGUCCUCUUGCAAGAGCUGCCUUCGGCGCACCGCCCACCAUGGCACCACAAACCACUGGCCCUGCUUGGUUGAUCGCACCCUCAGAAAAAGCCAAAUACGACCAAUUCUUCUCAAGUAUUGACACGGCAAACAACGGUCACCUUAGCGGUGAGCAGGCUGUCAAGUUCUUCAGCGACUCUGGACUGCCUGAAGAGACUCUCGCUUCUAUCUGGGACUUGGCAGACAUCAAUUCCGAAGGCCAGCUCAACCGCGAUGAAUUCGCUGUGGCUAUGUACUUGAUACGCCAGCAACGCAGCGGUGCUCCUCUGCCUGCCUUCCUCCCCCCAGCUCUGAUCCCUCCAGGCAUGCGCAAUCAAUCUCAUCCCACUCCCCAGACCACUGCGCCUGCUUUUGACAAUGCGAACAACUCAUCGCAACUACCCAAAUCUGCCACUGAGGACCUCUUUGGUUUGGACGAGCCUAUGCCAUCAAUCCCUGCUCAGCCACCUACUCUUGCUCCUGUCUCGACACAAAAUACUGGCAGUGUGUUUGGUGCUGAUCCCUUCGCAAGUGCUAGCAAGCCAUCUUCUCCACCUCCCAAUUCUCCUCCAAGGAACUUUACACCCCAGCAGACUGGCGGCCCUUCAUCCAUGUUUAAGCCAUUCAUUCCCACCUCGGCAUUCGGAGCAACACUGGCAACGCAUAAUACUGGAAGCAGCAAUGCCCCUAGCAAUGCUCCCAGCAAUCUCGCUAGAAGUCCCCAACCUCCUUCAGCCAUGGACGAUCUCUUGGGCGAUGCGAAUGAUGAAGAAUCCAAAAACAUCACCGAGGAUACCACUGAACUCGCCAACAUGUCCAAUCAGCUUGGCAAUCUGAGAAACCAGAUGCAGGAUGUUCAGACCAAGAAAACCACCAACGAGCGUGACCUGGCUGCCUCCAGCGCUCAGAAGCGUGAGCUUGAGCAGCGGUUGGCUCAGUUCCGAGCUCAGUAUGAGCAGGAAGUGCGAUCUGUCAAGUCGCUAGAAGAACAGCUUGCAAACUCGCGCAACGAGACCAAGAAGCUGCAACAAGAGUUUGCUAUGAUGGAGGGUACUUACCAGGAUUUGCAAACCCAAAACCAACAGAUAUCUCAGGCUCUCACGGCUGAUCAGCAGGAGAACGCCACUCUGAAGCAACGUAUCUCGCAAAUGAACGCCGAGAUUGCUCAGCUCAAGCCCCAGCUCGACAAGAUGAGAUCUGAUGCCCGUCAACAGAAGGGUAUGGUCGCUAUCAACAAGAAGCAGCUCGCGACCAAUGAGGGCGAACACGAGAAGAUCCAAACCGAAAUGGGUGACUUGAAGAAGACUGCCGAAGAGCACGAGCAGCAGAUGAGAGAGCAUGCAGCUCAGCAGGAGCGUUCAACUCAGGAAGAGCGCUCCCGAUCUGUUGCCUCACCUCAACCUCCUUCGACUGUCGUCAGCCCUGCCCCUUCGAACACCAACCCCUUCUUCAGAAAGGCAACUGCUCCUAGAGAAGAAGGUGCUCUGUCACCUGGAGGUUUCCAGUCAAGCACUCCUAAUCCCAGCGCAUUUGACGCGUUAUUCGGUCCCUCGGCUUCUCAACAACAAGCCGGACCUCACACACCGCCCGUGACAUCCUUCAGAUCAGAGCCAUCUGGACCUUCUGUCUCCUCCGACGGUCGUCUGACGCCCGCUUCCCCAACUUUGUCUGCCACGACUCAUGACGAACCUCCUCCGCCACCACCAGAGUCCAGACAGUUCACGCCCAACAUUUUGCCCAUGCGUCAACCUUUGACUAGAGAUCAGUCGGUUGCCUCAUCCAACCGUGCAGCACCUCCUGGCAGCAGAAUGGGCGAACAAGAUUCUGGCAAUGUCGCAUCUCCUUGGGAUGCUGCACCGACCAACAACUUCGCCUCCAACCCAUGGAGUGGAGAGGAUGUUGCCACUCCCCCUGCUCAGAUGUCUGGCCCUGCCAUUCAGUCUCAGAACCAUGACGGAAACCAUGAUAGUGUGACCAGAGAUCUUCCUGAGCAAUUGGAGGAAGACAUUCCCGGCGCUUUCCCUGCCACUCCUAUGGAAGAAGAACAGCCCACUGGCCACUCUGCACAAGCUCCUGCUCAAGACUUCGAUUCUGCCUUUGCCGGUUUUGGAGAGGAUCAACAGCACAACGGUGGUGAAACUGCUGGUCAUGACCCUUUCGCAGCCGAGCCUGUUUCAAGAGAAGUUGGCUCUACCGCUCACGAUGCUUUUGCAGCCGCACCCGUCUCUAGAGAAGUCGGCGCUGCACCUCCAGCCUAUGGAAACUCGGAGUUCCCUCCUAUCCAGACUUUGGAGCGAGAAGACUCUAGCAGCGAUGAUGACAGUGAUAGCGAGCGUGGCUUCGGUGAUGACUUUGGUUCUUCCCAGCCUCAUGCCAACGGUACUACUACGGAGGUGCCCUCUGCCGAACAUCAUGAGGUCGCUGCAUCUGAUGCACGUCGUCCCAGUGUUGUUGGUGCACAAUCAGCAAGAUCUAUCUCUGAGCUUCCACCCAUCACAGCACAGACGUCGCCGCCUUCUUACGAAGCAGCUCAGGAGGGACAGCAUCGCAGCGGUUCAAACAGCUUCCCACCCGAGUUCGCUGGUCUACUGCCGUCGCGUGAGGACCCAACACAGUCUCCCGUGCCUCAUUCUGUUCCUGAACAGCAACCUCAGACUCCCAUGACUAGUACCGCUGGUUCAGACCACUUCCACGAUGCUCACUCUCGACCUAUGAGCAACAUUACUGACAUGGGAGCCACCUCCUUUGCCAACGUUGGAGAAGUCACACAACAUGGUGCCACUCCUGUUGCAGUUCAAGAAACCACCAAGGAUGCAUUCGACGAUGACUUUGACAACUUUGACGAUCUCGCAGAGGCCAAGGAAGCCAGUGGUGAAGGCUUCGACUUUGGGUUCCCUCAUCAUCAAAACACGGACGAGUUUGAUGCAAACUUUGACUCACCCGCACAGUCGACUAUUCACACUAUCUCUUCACCCCAAGAGACACCGAUCACAAAGACAGCACCCAAUGGUUUCUCGGACUUUGGGUCAAGCAGCAGUCCGUCGCAGACAGUUCCCACCAUUAGCACACCCUUUGGCUCGACACAUGCACCUCAAGCCCAGCAACCCCAUGACUGGGAUGCCAUCUUCUCCGGCCUCGACACACCAGCACCUCAAGUGCAGCCUGAUUUCGGAGGUAGCCGAUUGGGCGAUGGAGAAGCAACGCCCAAGGCUCCAACUUCAAGCACAAAGACUUCGAUGCCCGCCCUGGGCCGUGCCAUCAGCACUGGAACUGAACACGACGAUCCUAUUUUAAAGAGACUCACGGGUAUGGGAUACCAAAGAGAAAAGGCACUCGAUGCAUUGGAAAAGUGUGAUUAUGAUAUUGAUAGGGCUAUCGAUCGUUUGUCGAGCUAG